CGUGAUCUUGUUAAGUAACAUUCGGAGACGAUCGUCCGUUUUGUUGGGUGUCCGGGACUUUGGAGCUAUGGCCCUGUCCCGCAUUUCAUGUUCUCUCCUCUUCUCGGUGGAUCUUUCCAUUCUUUCUCCAAUCUAUCUCUCUCAAUGAGCCCUCCUCACUCUCUAUGACCAAACGACGACCUUGACCACCGAAAGGACGUCACCCCACUCCCCUUACACCCAGCAUGGCGCCCCCCAAAUCGGCCAUCGGCGACGAACAUUCGGCUCCGGACCUGGAAAUCGUCGGCAAACAGGUGACCAUCCAUCCAUCUGGCUUCACGGGCGGGCCAGAUGACACGAUUACCGAAAGAAACCUGGUGCGCCAUAUGGCGCGAUUUCGCGCAAACCCCUUUGACUUCCUCCGCGAAGUGAGCCUGUACAUGUCGGGUACCGGCUGGCGCGCAUAUGACGAUGUGAUCGGACAACCCAUAUUUUACCCAGGCUUUGGUGAGAGGAUGAAGUCCUUUAUACUAGCUAGUCCAAUGCUGCAGGACAAGGUGAGGGAGUUGGCCAGUAUUCGGCUUUCCGUGGAGGAGAAGGAAGGACUGGUUGCGAUUAAAGAGGGCGCGAACAUGGACGAGAAGCGAGCGCGACGUCGAAAUGAGCUCGAAAGCGGUCUUCGUGAGGUGGUGGACACCAUGAUGGAUAAUAUGAUCUGCAAGAUGGAAAGCAAGACGUUCAUUCGUGGCGCAUACUACAUGUGCACCCAGCUCUUGACUCGGGCCUAUCACCAGGGUAUUCAUGUGUCCAGUGAGGAGGUUCUGCGCCUGCGCUCGGUAGCGGAGACUGCUGCGAAGAACAAGCAGUCCAUUGUAUUCCUACCAUGUCACAAGUCCCAUGUGGACUAUGUCUCUCUGCAGCUUAUUUGUUACCGUCUGGGAAUCGGCCUCCCAGUUGUUGUCGCAGGCGACAACCUCAAUAUUCCACUGUUGGGCCCAUUCUUGCAACACGCAGGUGCUAUGUGGAUUAGACGCAGCUUCGGAAAUGACCCCCUCUAUCAUACCGUCGUGCAGGCCUACAUCGACACUCUCCUUCAACAAGGAUUCAAUUUCGAAUGCUUUAUUGAAGGUGGCCGAUCCCGGACAGGAAAGCUUCUUUCUCCUAAAUUUGGUAUCUUGAACUUCAUCGUUGAGAGCGUGCUGUCUGGCCGUGUCAAGGACACAAUCAUUUGUCCCGUCAGUACGCAGUACGACAAGGUUAUUGAGACUGAAUCCUACAUCAGUGAACUUCUAGGCCAGCCUAAACAGAAAGAAAAUCUGGCAGAUCUUCUAUCCUCCUCAUCCGUUCUGUCCUUGAAACUCGGCCGAGUCGAUGUUCGCUUCCACGAACCGUGGAGUCUGCGAGAAUUCCUGUGCCAACAGCUGUCCCGGCUCAACCUUUCAGGUAUUGGCAGUGAUCUGAAGCUUGCUCACACCGAACGGGGUCGCAUUCUCAGAACUCUCGGUUAUCGUGUUUUAUCCGAAAUCAAUGAUGUCGCAGUAAUGAUGCCACCCGCGCUUGUCGGAACUGUGCUUUUGACGCUUCGUGGUCGUGGUGUCGGCAAGGGCGAAUUGGUGAGACGAUUGGAUUGGCUCUGUGAUCGUGUCCGUGCUAAAGGUGGUCGUGUUGCCCACUUUUACCGGUCACCAACAGAAGUGGUGGUCGACCGUGCCCUUGAUGUACUAGGGCCGAAGCUUGUUGGUGUGAUAUCAGGAUUGGUAGAACCUACCUACUACGCCGUCGAUCGUUUCCAACUAUCUUUCUAUCGCAACAUGCUGAUUCAUCUUUUCAUUACUGAGGCUUUGGUCUCUGUUGCGAUGUAUACGAAGAUCAAGCAAGGCGGCGGACCCACUAACCAGCGAAUUACCUUUGAGGCUUUGAAGGCACAGGUCUCCUUCCUUUCGCAGCUCUUCCGUGGUGAAUUCAUCUUCCCUCCUGAGGGCUUGAUCACCAAUCUGGAAAAGACAUUGCGAAGCCUGGAGGCAGAUGACGUGAUUAGCAUCACCCGUGACAGCUCUGGCGUUCCGCAAUAUGUAGAGCUGAGCGAUGCUGAGCGAACAUGUGGCCGGGAAAACUACGACUUCUAUUGCUUCUUGAUCUGGCCCUUCAUUGAAGCCUCAUGGCUUGGUGCCGUGUCUCUCUUAGGGCUUUCGCCUCCUCUGGAUGGUCCUCGGGACACCUGGAUAGACAACAAGAAGGCCCAAGACAGCGCCCAGCUGCUUGGCAAAACUCUCUAUCACCAGGGAGAUCUUUCAUAUUUUGAAGCCGUCAACAAAGAAACCCUCAAGAACUCUUAUCAGCGCUUUGAGGAAGAGGGAAUUAUUCUCGUGGCUAAGAGCAAGGAGUAUCGGGCUGGGCCAUCGCUGAGACUCGCCCCGGAGUGGGUUCCAGAGAGAGAUCCCAAUACUGGCAAAGUGCUCCCCCGUGGGCGUCUAUGGGACUUUACCGAGCAAAUUGCUCAAUCCCGGCGUGAAGGCAAAAACCGACGUGAUGGUGCGACAGUCUCUUCGCGCGUUCUGACCAUGUCAGAUGUCGUUGGACAACAGCUAUUCUUGAAUGCCGCGGCCCCAGCUCCUGCCGAUGUAUCAUCUCGGCAGAUGCGUCGUAAGGCAAUCGGUACAGAGUCGAAACUCUAGUUUUUUGCCUUGCACAUCAACCUGCGCACAUCCUUACUUCCCCUGCGCUUUUUAUUUCACCUACGGCGUAAACGACUGCGAAAACGCCCCUCUAUCCAUAAUACUAUACCCACCCUCCGCUGCUCUGUCGUUCGUCUUACUUUAACUACUUGUACAUACAUGAAUACAACUCCGAGGAACAGCGUCUUUUCUACCAAUUGGCUG